AUGGACAGAUCAUGGAUUCGGGUGAUAUUGUGGAGUCAGUUCAAAGCAGGUCGCAGCGCAAAUUCCGCAACUCAUUUCAUCAAUGAAGCGCAUGGAGAAGGUACUGUGAGCUAUGCGACAACAAAACGUUGGUUUAUAAAGUUCCGUUCCGGAGAUGAAACGCUUCAAAGUGAAAAGAGUUCAGGGAGGCCUAAAGCAAUAAACGAAGAUGAACUGAAGCAGCGGAUCGCAAUUGAUCCCCGAAUCACAGUCAGAAAGUUAGCAAAAGACCUAGAAUGUUCAAGUGGGUCAGUUGCCAAGCAUUUGAAGUCGAUGGGAUAUGUGAAAAAAGGUGAAAAGUGGGUGCAAGCAACCUGA